AUGAGAGCUAGGUUGAUAGUGUUUCCGAUCAGAGGGAGGAACUGGUGCUUUAGCAGAUCGAUUGACCAGUCCGUUUUGGACUCUCAGUAUUCCCAAACUCCUUCCACGUUCAAACAACUCUGGAUUAAGAUCUCAUCCUCUGAGAAAGCCACCGACUCCAAUGCCGAGCUGCUUAUUGAUUUCGUUGCUAAUAAGAUGAAUAGGGCCUGGACUGGUCUUGAAAAAGCACCACCUGGAAGUUUCAAAAACAAGAUUCAUGGGUUGGGAUUACGCCUCUUGGCUGGCGUUAGGCCUUCUGAGAUUUUCUUGAAAUCUAUAUCUAAGGAGGUUACAAAUGUUGAAAUUACUUACCCCUCCAGUUUAAAUGCACGGCUGGUCCGCCGAAGGCUACGACAUAUUGCCUUUAGGGGAACUGUUAUUCACAAGAAAUACUUCUAUGGAUCAGUUUCGAUGCUUCCACUGACAAGUGCCUUCGCAGUUCUUCCUUUGCCUAACAUACCCUUCUUUUGGGUCUUAUUCCGCACUUAUUCUCACUGGAGAGCUCUCAAGGGGAGCGAGAAACUUCUUCAGCUGGUAUCAGAUACCUCUGAGAGUAAAACUCCAAAUGAGAACUCAGAGAAGGCAGACCACAAUUCACUUGGUGUUCAAUGGGUACUGCAACCAUCAGAGGAACUUGAGAAACAACUUCAUUGCGGAGAUGAUGAUGAUGGUCUCAGUAAGGAUACUAUAUCAGAUAUCUGCAAGACAUAUGAUUUAAACACGAUUGAUGUUCUGAAGUACAGAAAUUCAGUGUAG